CUCACUCACAUGCCUCUCACAUGUCACUCACUUGAGCUUCACACCUUUCCAGUCAACAAGCAACCUGAUGUAAUAAGUGCGUAAGCCAAACAAAGAAAAAAAAAGGAAAAAAUUCUGGCCAUCUCAUUAGAGUCACAAAACGGCUAACAUGGAUCACAGGGACUGGAAAUUUGAAGGGGCUAAUGCGACAGCACCUUCAACCACCAUGGGCUACAUCAUCACCCUCAGCUCUCCUGCUUCACAUGCAGAUGUCCCCGCUAGUACAGGCCACUCUAGACGGCGGGAAAAUUAUCUCUGCAUCUCCAAUCUGCCAGCCAUGCCGCAUCUCUUACCUACAUCCGCCAAAUCACCCCGGCAAAUUCUCCCAGUUCGAGAUCACCCUGUCCAGCUUACCCCAGGACCAAGGGCCGUCAAUAGCGUUCUCCCCGCAUCUCCCCGCAUUCUUCUCCAAUGAUUUACCCCAGGUCGUAAAAGCUGCUAAGUCCGACACUAGAGAUUAGAGGCGACGAGGUUCUCUUGCGGUUUUUGUCAAAUUCCUCCAAUCAGGCGUGUCAGGGUUUCGGCCGGCAACACUUUUCCAAGCGGUAUGGCAAUGAACGUGAGGAACACGAUGAACGCAUCAGGGGGAC